CCAAGGGCAGCCCAGCUCCGCGGGGUUAACCUGUUCGUGCCCUGAGGGCUGAGCGGGCCCCUCCAGCGGCUAGCCCCGCCCCGCCCGUCUCUCCCAGCCGGGUCUGCGUCCCUCCUCCCCCCCGCGGCCUCCUCCCCUGUUUGCCUUGGAGCCUCGUCAGGAGGGGCCGGAGCCCAGAGCGUCCGGCAGGCGGCCACCCCUUCCUCCAGCCAAUGGCUCCGGCCGGGCGGCCUUGGGCCCGAGACCCACAGACACACUUGGACGCCUCCCCGAGGGGUUGGCCAAUCUGCCCGCGGCCUGGCAGCCGGACGCCAGCGGCACGGCCAUGGCCAUGGCCAACAGCAGCAACGCCUCGGCGCCCGCCUACGAGUACUACCUGGACUACCUGGACCUGCUCCCCGUGGACGAGAGGCAGCUGGGGGCCCACAAGUACUCCGUGGUGAUCGCCUUCUGGGCCAGCCUGGCCGCCUUCGUGGUGCUCCUCUUCCUCGUCCUGCUCUCCAUGUCCCGCCCGGCUCCCGCGGCCAGGAGCCACGCCCCGCCCCGCCCUGCGUGUCCCUGGAGCCUCCACGUCAGCCUCCCCUUCUGCAUCCGGAGGCACCCGCUGCUCCACAGCGCCCCCCAGCGGGCCCCGCCCAGCUCAGCCAGGGAGCCAGGCAGCAGUGCCUCCGGGCCCUCCGCCUCGCCCCCCACCACCCCGCAGGCCCACCCAGCUCUCCUGUGGGAGCAGGCCCUGGACGGGGACCCCCACGGCAUCAGCUGAUGUCCGGCCUCCCACUGGAGCCAGUUCUGCACCGGCGAGUGACGGCCACUCGGAGGGACUCAGACCGGACACGUGCUCCUGGAAGCAGGGGUGCAGCCUGCCACGGCCGAGGCGCUGACGAGGGCUGUGCACCCGCUGGCCCCGCAGCACCAGCCGCACUCACUCCUGGGCUCCCUCGGGAAGCGCGAACAGAGCACACGGAAAUAAAGAUAGUCACUCGCUGG